UCUUCUCUCUUAUGAUGUUUAUUGCAUUCUCAGGAUGUUUUGACGAAACUGAACCUAUCUUAUUCUUCGUGUAAUCCGGAGACUGAAUAAUUUUUAGGCAUUUUCUUCGCUGUUUUAUCCGUAGUUUCGAGGAAAAGAUUAAACUCGCCUGCAGUAUGAUCUAUAUAGCUCAGUUUCCCCUUCUUUUUCCGCAAAGGCUCCUAUUUCAUUAGGCAUACCGUAAUCAAACCCUACGCGCUCUGCUCCUCUUUCUAUUUUUUAAAAUGGGUUGUUAGGGUUUUAAUGGCGUCUUCAUCAUCAUCUCACCAACAAAAUCAGAUGUCAAACGCUUUCUCUGGAAUAGAACCUCCUGGGGACAGAAGGGAGGUUUCUGAAUCUUCGAGUUUGUUUGAUGUAUUCAUCAAUCACAGAGGCCCCGAUGUCAAACAAACUUUGGCAACUGAGCUUUACAACUCUCUUGGGCAAAUUGGAAUACGUGCUUUUCUUGAUUCUGAAGAGAAGGAAUUUGGAAAUUAUUUUCCUUCUACUAUUGAGACUGCCAUCGGCUAUGCUAAGGUACACAUAGCCAUCUUUUCCAAAAGAUAUGCAGAGUCAGCGUGGUGUUUGGCUGAGCUGGUUCUCAUGCUUCAAAGUGAGGCCAAAAUUAUUCCCGUGUUUUAUAAAGUAGAGCCAAGGGAACUCCGCCAUAUUGAAACUGGAGCAUACGCUGAUGCAUUCCGUAAAUAUGAAGAGCAGGGCAGGUACUUGGAGAAGCUUAGAGAGUGGAAGGAAGCCCUUAGUCAGGUUUCAUUUAUUGCUGGGAUUGAAUUUGACAGUGACUGCAAACCCGUAGUAGCAGCAGUAGAAAAGGAAGUGCAAAGGAAAGGAUGUUUACUUGUUGCAAAAUAUCCAGUAGGGCUUAACAAUCUUGUGGAGGAUUUUGAAAGGCAAUGUCUUGAUGAACUCGUACAAGAUUUUGAAAAGCAGUGCGGUCUGGAAGAAAAGAAAAAUAGGCCUAACGUUGUAGCCAUUUUUGGUAUGGGUGGAAUUGGGAAGACAACUCUUGCCAAAGAGUUGUUUAAUAGAAAACGUUCAGAUUACUCUAGAGCAAGCUUUCUGUUUGAUGUGCGAGAAGCAUCUGCAAGAAAGGAACUGCCUCAUUUGCAAAGUCAGCUUGUCAAAGAUCUUUUCCACAGAAAACAAAGUUUUAGAAGUAUAGAGGAAGGAACAAGCUAUCUCAAUGAUCAUCUACGGAGAAGCCCUUUAAACUUCCUAAUAGUUGUAGAUGACAUCGAUCACGUGGAGCAGUUAGAUGCUCUAUUGAUCAUGGAUAUCUUAAAUAAAUCAGGCAAUAGUCUGGUUAUUGUCACAACCCGUGACGUUGGAGUCGUGAUAUCUGCAGGUAUUACCGUUGGUUACCCUUUAAAAGGAAUGGCCAGAAACCACGGGAGGCAACUCUUCUGCUGGCAUGCGUUUGACCAUCCCCUUCCAAGUGCUGGGUACGAGGCGUUGGUUGAUCAAUUCGUAGACGUGUGUGGAGGGUUACCUCUUUUUCUUCUGGUUCUGGGCCGGCUCGUUCAUGGUAGAGAUCACAGGUUUUGGGAGUUGAAAUUGAAUAAAGCUAGAGAGACGCUGCCACGAGAUGUAAAACAAAGAUUGAGAAUAAGUUUUGACGCAUUAGAGGAUGAGGAGAAACAAGUUUUCAUGGAUAUUGCUUGUUUCUUUUUGGGCAAACCGAAGUGUAUGGCUGAAAGAAUAUGCGAGAUAUCAGGAUGGGAUGCUCAAAAUGCACUGCAUACACUAAAAGAUAAAUGUCUUUUAGAAGAAGAAGAAGAAAAAACUUCGUAUGUGAAUAGCGAAGUGGAAAUUGUAUUGAGAAUGCAUGACCACUUGAGGGACUUGGGAAGAGAAAUGGCACUGGAGUUCAGUCCUCCUCACCGCCUGUGGCGCCCUCAAGAUCUGGAAUCUUUGUAUAUGCAGGAAUGGACGGGUUUGGAAAUUAUCCUCAGCAAAACCAAAAUUAGGUGUCUCUAUCGGAUGUCUUUCGGUUCCAGUCACGCUACACUCUUUUUAGGCCAAUCAGAUAGUUGUGUUGACACGUCAGCUUCCUUACUAUGGCUCGAGGUCAAGGGGGACGGUUAUGUGCACCCAGAAAUCACAGAACAAUCAAAGAUCCUUUCAUAUGUUCCUCUUCAAAAUUUGCAGUACUUGAAAAUCUCCGGUGGACUAUUCAAAACAUUGUGGGAGAAUCGCAGACAGCUUUCGCAUCAAACGGAAGGGCAAGUGAAGGGUAACGAGGAAUGUGAGAAGCAACGAUGGAAAGAGAAACGGAAACGGCUGCUCAUUGGGACUGUGGGCCCGGCAACUCUAACUCAGCGCUUAAAGUGUGUCAGGUUAAAAAAUAAUAGAAGUAAAGCUACUACUAAAACUGAAGUUUCAAAUCUUUUCAUGCAGAUUUCCCCUUAUCCGGGAGUAUCGGGAAGUGCUGAUCCUCUCAAGCUUAGAGAGCUCAUUAUUCACUCUUGUAAAAAGCUACAAAAUAUUAUGCUGCCACCAAUGCUCGUCAGCCUAUCUAUUUCGGAUUGUGCUGAGCUUGAGGAGUUGCCAAGUCUCUCCAGACUGAGCUGCGUGGAGAAGAUUGAGAUUCGCUGUUGUAAAAAGCUACAAAAUAUUAUGCUGCCACCAAUGCUCGUCAGUCUAUCUAUACACUCUAGCAGAAAUUUGCAAAGAGUAGUAGGGUCCGGUGAUCUUACCAAAUUUACAGAACUGAUUGUUACAGAGUGUCCUGAGCUUGAGGAGUUGCCAGUUCUUUCCGGAGUGAGGUGCAUGGAGAAGAUUGAGAUUGAGUCUUGUAACAAGCUACACUACAUUCCGCUGCCACAAACACUCAUCAGUCUGUCUGUACGCGAGUGCGGAAAUUUGCGAAGGGUAGUAGGAUACAGCGAUCUUACCAAACUGAAGAGCUGCAUAAAGAAGAUUGAUAUCGCCUAUUGUGGAAAGCUGAAGAAAAUAUCAGGCAUUGAAGAGUUGUGCUCAUUAGAAAUGAUGCGACUUAGCUAUUGCAACAAUGCACUAAUACGAAACUGCAUUCAUCAUUUGAAGAGUGUUCCAACAGUGGGAAUGUUUAUGAUUGGAGAAGCAGUGAAUGGAGCGGAGUCAAGUUUAAACGAAGAUCUGUUUUGCGACGCUAAUAUUGAAAUUGGUACUCCCCAAACUUCUCCAGCUGUUAUUGGAUGCUAUGUGGUUGAGGAUCACAGCUCGCCCUUGACAUCUGAUAUACAAGAAUCAUUCCCACCCUCAGUUUUGGCCUGGUUCACUUUGCAUCCAGGAGAAUGGAUUAUUACAAUGGUAGCGAAUGAUGAGCGGAUUUACGAUCUUUAUUAUAGGAUUGUGGAAGAUUUUUUAAGUAGGAAAGGAAUAAUAAAGAAAGGGUUUCGGUUAGAGGUGAAGAAAAGUCUCGGUGUAUUGAGUACAAUUAUUGAUAGGUUAUAUCAAUAAGGGAUUUUGGGUAGAUAUGAAGAAAGGUGAGAUGUGUUUAUCGUUGAUCUUUUAUAAACUUGUGUAUAUAAUUGUUUUCUUAUAAAAGAGAAUAUUGUUUAUUUA